AUGCCCCAAGACCAUCCCUAUCGCCGACUCUGUAUACCUAAAGGCGCGCCCUUCGAACUAAGACCCUCUUCACCUGGGAAAGGGUGGGGUGCCUUCGCUACGAGAUUGAUCAAGCAAAGAGACCCGAUCUUGAUAGAGGAACCACUCUUCAUUAUUCGGAAGCCGUCCCAAUACAUUACAGAUCAAGAUGUUUUUGCGGCAUUUCAACAGUUGACACCGGCUGCGAAACAGCAAUUUUUACUUAUUCGUGACAAUGCCAGUGGUCCCUUCGGGAGACUGAGCGAACUUCUCGCGGAGAACGCCUUCGCUCUAUUAGCCAACGCAGGACAUGGCUUGUAUCUGCUUCAUUCACGUUUCAAUCAUUCCUGCAUACCUAAUGCCAAGGUCCCAGAGUCCAGUAGCGAGACCCUUACAUUGUUCGCAAUAAAGGAAAUCGUAGCUGGCGAGGAGAUCACCUUCUGUUAUAAUGCCGAUUUUGAGGGCAGGACCAGACGUGAGCGCCACGAAGCACUACGUUUCGCCUGCGACUGCAAAGCCUGUCUACCCGGCACUCCCUUUCAACAGCUUAGCGACGUACGACGAAGAUUCGUUCGUGGGUUGCAAUACCUUGCACAUGGUAUUGACAUAGAUGGGAGGAGACAAGAUUCCUCGUCUCCAAUAAUUGAUGAUCGUAAACUAAAAGAAGCAGCAGAAAACUUAAGUAUUCCCCUCUGUAAUAAAUUAAUCUAUCAACUCUUGAGCUCAUUUUUGUUGGAAGAGGAAGGAUUGCUGGACUAUCUCAUGAGGGAAAGGAUCGAACGCCCAAUGGUGAUAUUAUCGUCCUUAUUUGAAACGGAGAGCAAUGCCAGAAUCGUCAAGGUUGCUAUGACAGAACAGACUUUGCUGGGAAAGGUUCAUAUAGCUUUCAGGCUCUAUGGGCGAGCAGAUGCUGCUGAUGAAUUACUUCCAGAGAUGCUUCGGAUGCUACGCCGCAUCUGA